AUGGCUUUCAAGGCUCCUCAGCUGGCAGACUCCUACGCGGCUCUCAUGUGGACACGGCUUUUUUGUAACACACUUCAGCUUCCUGCAGCAGGCUGGCUUCCCUCCAUCACCACCCCUCAAGCCCCCAGAAGCAGUCCGCAGACGCCAGCAACCCGCAGGUUCAGAAUGAAAACGCAGCAGCUGGUCCUGAGGGCGCCGCGUGAGGGCGCGUGGCCGGCGCGGGUUCGCGCGCGUCGUGAUCUCGGUAGCGCUUGGCGCCUUCUGGGGGCGCUGGAGAGACAGAACCCAUGUACUUACAGGGACAGGAAGGAAUGGGCGGAUAUCGAACCCGUCCCUCAGAACGACGGGCCGAAUCCUGUUGUUCAGAUCAUCUACAGCGAGAAGUUUCGAGAUGUCUACGAUUACUUCCGGGCUGUUCUGCAGCGGGAUGAGAGGAGUGAAAGAGCUUUCAGGCUAACAGCAGAUGCCAUUGAGUUAAAUGCUGCCAACUACACAGUAUGGCAUUUCCGGAGAGUCCUCCUGCAGUCUUUGGGAAAGGAUCUCCAUGAGGAACUGAAGUAUAUUACAGCUAUCAUUGAAGAUCAGCCAAAGAACUACCAAGUCUGGCAUCACAGACGGGUGUUGGUGGAGUGGCUGCAGGAUCCAUCCCAAGAGCUUGAGUUCAUAGCUGACAUUCUUAAUCAAGAUGCCAAAAAUUACCAUGCUUGGCAACACAGACAAUGGGUUAUUCAGGAGUUCAAAUUAUGGGACAAUGAACUGGAAUACGUAGACCAGCUUUUGAGGGAAGAUGUGAGGAACAACUCUGUUUGGAACCAAAGACACUUUGUUAUUUUCAACACCACCGGCUAUGAUGAUCCAGCAGUCCUAGACAGAGAAGUCCAAUACACUCUUGAGAUGAUCACAGCAGUGCCACAUAAUGAGAGCGCUUGGAACUAUUUAAAAGGGAUUCUGCAGGAUCGUGGUCUUUCUAAGUAUCCAAAUCUGUUAGAACAACUGUUGAAUUUACAGCCCAGCCACAGUUCACCCUAUCUGAUUGCCUUUCUUGUGGACAUAUAUGAAGACAUGCUUGAAAACCAGUGUGAUAACAAGGAGGAAACACUAAACAAGGCGUUGGAGUUGUGUGAAAUCUUGGCUAAAGAAAAAGACACCAUCCGAAAGGAAUACUGGAGAUACAUUGGAAGGUCCCUUAAGAACAAGCACAGCUCAGGCACUGAACAGAGCCCACUGACAGACACACAGCAGUAACUGAACAAGGAAGGAAACAGCGUUAAGCUCUCAAGCUCUUCUAAAUCAGUUCUAAGUAGGGUCAUCGACUAGUUUAAAAUCCAGCGUAGCAGUCCCCUGGUGAACAGGUAUUGCAGUGAAAGAGGAGCACAGAGUGCUGCAUGGUCUUGCGUCGCUGCUGCUACUGGUGAUAGCUCUGGUUGCAGUGAAGAAAUGUAUUAAGGCUUAAUCAGCAAAGUGUACCAAAUAAAGGGUUUACUUCCUAA